AUGGCGUUUCGAAGCUACAGCCGCGCGCUGCAAACGCAGCCCGUGCUCACUAAAGCCAUCACCGCAGGCAUCAUCAGCAUGAUAGCCGACGGCGCUGCCCAGCUGCUGGUGGAACAUGCCCCGGCGCUGGACUGGGAACGCCUACUCAAGUUUGGCGGCUUUUCCAUGCUGCUGGUUGCCCCCUUGCUUCACUACUGGUACAACGUGCUCAAUCGCUUCUUGCCGGGAGCCGCCUUCAAGACGGUCCUGCUGCGUGUGUUUGCGGACCAAGCACUGUUUACCCCUCCUUUUCUUGCAUCGUUCAUGUCUCUCCUCGCCCUUCUCGAGGGACGUGGCCAUGUCAUUCCCAACAUGCUGGAGAACGAGCUCUUCGGCACCAUCGUGACGUGCGUUGGCCCGGCCCACCGUCUCCCUUGUGUGUGUGUGUGUGUGUGUGUGUGUGUGUGUGUGUGUGUGUGUGUGUGUGUGUGUGUGUGUGUGUGUGUGUGUGUGUUUGUUGCUCGUGUUUCGACAGCUCACUUGGCCGUGGAUGCGCUUCUGCCAGCAAUUGCCAUCAAUUUUGCUGUCAUCCCGCCCAUGUACCAGGUUCUGUUUGCCAACUUUAUUGGUCUCUUUUGGACCAUCUACCUCAGUUAUGUGGCACACAAGUAG